AUGUGCGCAUCCCCCCCCCCCCCCGACCCCUCCGGCCGAAGUCUCCGGAGGGAGGUGGCCAAGCGCCGGUUGGCGGAAGCGCGGAUCCUUGAGCUAGAGCGACGCCUGGAGGCGUGCUCCAGCUUGGAUGCCGCUCAGCCGGUUGCCUUCCCGGCGGCCGGAUCCUGGCCGACGCCCUUUUCCCCAUCGCCGAGCCGUGCUCCCCCGGGACCGGGGUCCCCCCCGACGGCGGCCGCCACAAAGGUGACCGCCACCGGGGCGGCCGUCUGGCCAGGCCUCGGUACCGAGGCGCCUGCCUCUUCGGCUGUGCAGGAAAAUGUCAUCCUCAGUCCCAAUGGCCAGACGGUUUUCUUCCUCGAUCCGCCAGGCAGUCCGGCGCGGCUGUCGGCCGAGCAAAAGUACCCCACCCGCCGGUCCGGGCCCGGGCUUCGAUCGCCACUCUCCUCCGGGGGCCUGGACCGGCCGCUGCUCGGGUCCCCGCUCUUCCCGGCGCCAGCCGCUUCGCCGGUCAUCUCGGAGAUGUCCCCGACCGAGGCGCGGUACUCCCCACCGGAGCUCCUCCCCUCGCCUGGCGGGUCGGAGCAUGCACCGGCCGAGGCCGGCGGCGGGCCCGGCAGCCCUCCCCCCCCAGGCUCGCCCAUUGUGACCUGCGUGUCUGUUUCCUCUUCGGAGGAGGACCUGUCCUUUUCGACCAUGACGCCAGUCAAACCCGCGACCCCGGCCUCGCCAUACCUCUCGCGUCCCUCGGCCAAGCAACGAACUCCGCUCGGCAGUCAUGACACCCUCGACACCGGCGGGCUGGAGCUGUUCCCGGCCGCGGCCACAUCCUCGACACAGCGACGCACGACGCUCGGUCCUGGACGUGCUUCCAGCGUCCGGCCGCAUUCCAUGUAUGCCGGGACCGGGGCCUGUGGGACGGCAUACCUGGCUCACCUGGCCUCCCGGACCGAGGGCGACUCGGUCGAUGGCCGGCCCCUCACGCCGCCGGUCUUCCGAUAUGCACCGCCUGAAGUGGCCGCCGCCGAGGUGGCUCUCGCCCGGUCCUCCUCCUCGUGCCAGCCUGCCGGCGCCCGGGGGCGCAGUUCCUCGUUGCUGCUGCCACCUCAGGAUCUCGACUCGGCCACUGGCUGCCUGGGCGAUUCCAACAAAGGUGCACUCUUUGACCCCUCGUCUGUUGCUCCAUCGCCGCCCGAUCCGCCAUGCGCUGGCGGGGGCCCCGUGUUGCUUGCACCGCUGCCGCACACCCCCCCGCGGGUCGGGCGGGUCCGCGGUGGCGGCAGCAACGCCGGGCUCCCCCCAGAUCCCGGCACCUCGACUUCUCCCUUUGUCCCGCUGCCGCAGCCAACUCCCGACCAAUCACCCAUGUUUGUGUCGUGGCUGUCCUACAACUUGAAGAGUCCCUUCCGGUCGAACAGCUGA